UGUAGCAACUGGUAAGCUUAUCCUUCACAUCGAGGGGAAAGCCCUGCGUUAGUUUCGUUUCCCUGAGAACAUGGCGGCUGCACUGACGGAAUGCGGGGUCCCGCUGAGUGGGCUUAGCAAACAUUAUCUCAACACCAACUCGACCAGCCACACCGGGCCCUUCAGUGCUAUUGCUGAACUCAUAGACAACACAUACGACCCUGAUGUCAAUGCCGAACAGAUAUGGAUCGACAAGACCCAGAUCAAAGACAUGGAGUGUCUAACCUUCAAGGACAACGGAAAUGGAUUAAGCCGUAAAAUUAUGCAUCAGAUACUCAGCUUCGGAUUUAGCAUCGAAAAAGGCAUACAACCCAUUGGAAUCUAUGGCAACGGUUUCACGUCUGGCUCAAUGCGUCUGGGCAAGGAUGUCAUAAUUUUAUCCAAAUCAAAGAAUGACCUGUGUGUUGGCAUGCUGUCACAGACUUACCUGAAGAAGAUCAGAGCCAAGCACAUCGCUGUGCCUAUCAUCAGCUUUAAUAAACAGGAAGCAGAUAAGUAUAUCCUUUUAGAGCUUUUCAAAUGAGUCAACGCUGUGUUCCUGGUCAUUGCUGUUGUGUGGUGUGAUCACUGUUAUUACUCUGGAUAUGUUAAUCAAGCCAUAUCUGGUUCCUUGGCUAGGUUUUUUUUUCGAGGAUAUUAUUGCUAAUAUUUUAUUGGAUUAUAAGUGUUAUCCGUUCAAUAUACUCCAUAUAUAAUAUCCUUGUGCCCCAGGAUAGACGAAGUUAGAGAAGUAGCUAGACCUAACCUUGCAGUGGCUUACCAACAUGAGACAUGGUUCAUAAUGUAAUAAUUAGAUUAGAUCAACUUUAAUGUCUGUUUACACAGAAAUUUGUCUUGCUUUAUACAUCUCCUCAAUCCUCGUAGCAAGACAUAAAAGCAGCACACAAAAACAUUUACACAACAUUUAAGAGCCCAAGAGUACAUUCACACAGACAGGGCUGGACUGGGACAAAAAAUCGGCCCUGGCAUUUUGGACCCAGACCCGCCCACCACAAUUAAUCGACCACCCAUAAGUACACAUUUAUCGUGGUCCCUUAAAGAUGACUGUUCUAUUGAAUUGAAUUAAAAUGUGUUUAUUUUGAACAAGUUUAUAAUACAAUAAUAUUUACGUAAAACACACACACAC